UUCGACGGAGGCGAAUAACCCGACGGCGGAGUCAAAGCCGCGCUCGAGGCAGAGAUCGACGAUCUGAAAGCAUCUUCCGCGUCGUUCGCGAGAGGGAUCAAAGCUCGAGGUCCGCCGAUCCUGCUCGUCAAUGGAGGACGUCCGGCCGGAAGGAGGGGCCGGCGACAAGUACAGCUUGAUAGUGCCCACCUACAACGAGCGCCUCAACAUCGCCCUCAUCGUUUACCUCGUCUUCAAGCAUCUCCGAGAUGUCGAUUUCGAGAUCAUCAUCGUCGAUGAUGGAAGUCCGGAUGGUACUCAAGACAUUGUUAAACAGUUGCAGCAAGUGUAUGGCGACGACAGGAUUCUUUUAAGAGCAAGGCCUAGGAAGCUCGGUUUAGGAACGGCUUAUCGUCAUGGUUUGAAGCAUGCAUCUGGCAAUUUUGUUGUGAUCAUGGAUGCUGAUUUGUCUCACCAUCCCAAAUAUUUGCCGAGUUUCAUCAAGAAACAGCAGGAAACUGGUGCGAGCAUAGUUACCGGGACUCGGUACGUUAAAGGUGGGGGUGUGCAUGGAUGGAAUCUUAUGCGUAAACUCACUAGCAGGGGAGCCAAUGUGCUAGCUCAGACAUUUCUAUGGCCUGGAGUAUCUGAUUUAACUGGAUCUUUCCGUCUCUAUCGGAAAUCAGUUCUUGAAGAUCUUAUUAACUCCUGCGUCAGCAAGGGCUAUGUGUUCCAGAUGGAGAUGAUUGUUAGGGCCUCUAGAAAAGGAUACCAUAUUGAAGAGGUUCCUAUUACAUUUGUUGACAGAGUAUUUGGAAGUUCAAAGCUCGGGGGAUCUGAAAUCGUUGAAUAUCUAAAAGGCCUUGCAUAUCUACUGGUCACAACAUAAAUUUGAAGAUCGUCUUCUUUAGCAUCUUAGUUCACUAACUUUCCGUGAUACAAAUUAGCAAAGGUCAUAGACAAGGUCUUGCAGCAGUUGCUGCUUUAUACUCUAUCCCGUUGCUGGGGUUUUUUCAAGGUGACGAUGUAUAUUUUAGAUGGGUUACUCAACAGAAGCAUGUCUUUAUGGACUAAACAUGAUGAUGAAAUUGAUGACUGUUGGAAGUUGUGGCCUUAACAAUUGUUUUGGGUCCAUGUAUUAUGAGCGUUUAUACAGUACUAAUUUUUCAUUGGAUCAACUACAGAGGAAGGGAAGAUUACCAA